AUGGCGGAACUCUCCACGCCUGGUGCCGGCCUCGCCACCUCUGGUGUUGGCAGGCUGCGGGCGAUGCAAGAUGUGCUGUGGCGAACGAGUGUAGCUAUGGGGACUGAGUCGCCGGAGAUAGUGGCAUCCAAUUUCCUUACUGCGAUCAAAGAAACAGGCAUGACAGCCAUCGAUCAUCAGCUAACCGUUCCCACAGGACCACGUCUCAAUACUCUCAUCACACUAGUUGUGCCGUGGGCGAUGCUGGCAGCAGCUUGCUGGAGAUACGACUUCCUCUGUCGCGGAUACGAUGCGGCGAAGAAUUACCUGGCGAGCUGCGUCUAUGCAUCCAUCGUGGUCCCUAGCGACCAUCAACUUCAUCAGCAAGUUCUGCAAUGGAUGCUGGAGAACGUGCCGCAGAACCAUGUACGUAGUCUGGCGGUAGUCCCACGUAUCGAUCCUCCACAGUUCGCCGUCGACCAAAUGGGUCGUCAGUUCAAGAUCAAGAACAAACGCUCCAAGGUGAAGAUUCCUGUCGAAGACUCGGAAGAUUCUGAUUUGUCAAUGUCUUACUUACCAGCGAUCGGGACCUAUGCAUUCAACUUCAGAGGCUACCGUAUGACUGUUGAGCGGACACAAGCAGAGUCCAAACUCGGCAGGCAUAUGAUGGUCGACCCGAUGUUGCCGCCACCGUCAAGGAGGGAAGAGUCCAUACUGAUUUCUGUUCGAUCGUUGUGGAACGGCGUGCAGCCUAUCAAAGACUUCCUCGAGCAUAUCGAAGCCGAGACUGCAGCAGCUCGGGAAAACAAGACGACGAUCUUCAGGCCGUGGCCAGAUGCUCGCGGUUGGGACGUUGGUGUUUCGCGCGUAGCUAGAACCUUGGACGCGGUGACAUUGCAGAAAGGUCUCAAAGAAGCUCUGGUGCAGGACGUGGAGGCAUAUCUCCAUCCCAAGACUCGACGCUACUACAACAAUCGAGGGAUACCCUGGCGUCGAGGCUACCUGUUCUUCGGUCCUCCGGGCACGGGCAAAACGAGCCUGGCUACUGCACUUGCUGGCCACUUCGACCUGAAUGUUUACAUGGCUAGUCUGUCGUCUAUGUCGCUGAACGAUUCGAAGCUGGACAAUCUUUUCUCGAUGCUACCACAGAAGUGCAUGGUACUGCUCGAAGACAUCGACAGUGCGGGUGUAAAGCGAGAGAAAAUGGCGGCACCGUCGAAGAGACCACCCAUGAUGCCGAUGAUGGACCCUUUCGGUAACAUGCAGACGGGGGAGCUGGAUGGGAUUACCUUGAGUGGUCUUCUGAACGUGAUCGAUGGUGUACGCGCUGCAGAGGGCCGUAUUUUGAUCAUGACGACGAACCAUCCGGAGACUCUUGACGAAGCGUUGAUCCGGCGUGGCCGCAUCGACCAGAAGAUACAUUUCGACUGCGCUUCGAAGGAAACUUCGGUGAAGCUGUUCACGCAAAUUUUCUGCAAAACGGCUGACGAACUGCUUGAUGGUGAGAUACCGCAAGAUGAGGCAACUGUGGCCAAGCUUGCGAAGGAAUUUGUGGCAACCGUCGAAGAGGACUCCUUCACACCAGCAGAAGUGCAAGGCUAUCUAAUCGACCAUCGCACGAAUCUUGAGCAGGCUGUACAGCAAGCAUCAACGUACUUCGAGCAGUUGCUGAAUAGCAAGAUCAAAGGUCUGAAUGUGCUGAAAGCCGCGGAGUCAAGUUCAGAAUCAGACUCAGAUAGCGCCGACGAGCUCUCGCCGGAAGCUCUCGCCGACCGAAUCUCGAAUGCCGGUGUAGGAGACCGGAUGGUGGACGGUGUCGCCAAGAGCGGUCUGCUCACACCGGAUUCUGCUGAUCAUGAGAAGACCAAGGCGUUGGAAAUUGCUGCGUAG